AUGGGAGUUGAGAUGAACUAUACGCCUGUUGAGAAAAUAUGCUUAGCGUUACUUUAUGCAAUAAAGAAGCUAAGGCAUUAUUUUGAAGCAUACACCAUCAAACUCAUCUCUCGAGCAGAUCCCGUGAAGUUCGUGAUGACUCGACCUGUUCUUUUUGGAUGCCUAGAAAGAUGGUCCAUAUUGUUUAACCAAUAUGAGAUCACAUACACACCUCAAAAAGCUGUGAAAGGACAAGCACUAGCCAAUUUUCUGGCUGAUCACCCUCUUUCGGUAGAGUGGGAGCUUUCAGAUGAGUUUCCAGAUAAAGACGUUUUGUUCAUCGAAGAGUUUCCACCAUGGACAAUGUUCUUUGAUGGAUCUACACAUCGUAACGGUGCGGGAGAAGGAGUUUUGUUGAUCUCUCCAGAAAGACAAGUCUUGCCAUUCUUCUUUGUUUUAGGUGAAACAUGUUCCAACAAUGCCGCAGAGUACCAAGCUUUGAUCGCCGGUCUCGAAAUGGCAUUAGACAUGAAGAUUCUACAAUUGGAGAUCUACGACGACUCUAAGCUUAUCAUCAACCAAGUGUUGGGGAGUUACGAGGUAAAGAAGGAAGAUCUCUUUCCAUACCACCAAUAUGCUUCUUGUUUACUCGAAAGAUUUGACCAAGUGUUCUUCCACGUCCCAAGAGAAGAAAAUUGCAUGGCUGUUGCUUUGGCUAACUUGGCCACGACGAUGGCACUUGGAGAGAAUGAGUCAACAAAGGUACAUAUGUGUCAUCGAUGGUUCAUUCCUACACUUCUUGAUCUUCAAAUCAACGAAAGUCACAUUGAUAGAAUACCUUGA